UCGGAGCGCCACGCUUUCUCUACAUGGCACCUAAUCCAUCAACUCUCACAUGUCGUAGGUCUCCCUGCCUUCAGAGACCACAAAUAUGGCAUUCAAGCUUGAUGAGCAAGCUGUACUCAAGGAUUUCAAUAGACUGGUGGCGCUCGGAGCGAUACGUUAUGGAUCUUCCGAAGCUAUUCGCUUGGUUGACAAGGACUUUUCGUUCGAAUUCCGCAUAUGCCCGAGCUGGUCUCAGAAGCCUAUGACAGUGGACGCGGCAGUUGUAGCCUCACAGGCUGAUUCAAAGCAUGAAAAAUUUGGACCAGGAAGCGAUAUCCAUAAAGACCAUCCCGACCAAGUGAUCGACUCCAUCAACAGCACUCACAUACUUGCUCUUAAUGCCUACCCUGUGUUUAGGCCUCAAUACCUGCUUCUCAGACUCGAUUCUUACAGAUCGCAGGAUGAACCGAUGGAUUUGCAGGAUUUCGCAGCGUCAUGGAAGUUCCUCCACUCUACUCCCGACCCUCACUUUGUCAUGUACAACUGCACGAAAGACGCAGGGUGCAGCAGAUACCACAAGCAUAUGCAGGUCUUAAAAAGGCCGGGGCUGGCGAACAUCGACAACUCAAGAUCGUUCCGGUUCUUUCCCGACGUCAAAGACUCCCAAAAUCGUGCGCCUUUUAUGUAUUUCCUCCACCAGAUCGACCAUGUUGGUAUCGAGGGUGCUGAAACCAUAUUCAGCAAAUACACUGAGCUGCUCCGACAGUGUAGGACAGUACACGGACUCCACGAGAACGACAAUAAGAGCUUGUGUCCACACAACGUAGUCCUUGUCAAAGAAUGGUUGGUCAUGAUUCCGAGGCGACGAGGCAGCUACGAAAACGUGAGUGCCAAUGCCGCGGGGAUGAUGGGAAUGCCUACAAUACCUGAUAAGUCAUCCUUCCAGGUCUGGAUAGACAAGGGGCCUGCACAUAUUCUACAGCAGUUGGGAGUGCCUGACUACGAUACAUAAAGCUUGUUUGUUCAUUGAACUAGACUUUUGGACUAAAUGUAGUUCAUUGUGAACUACAAAAGCUGCAGUCCAAGAUCAUACAACUAUGAGGCCGCCUCAGACGUUUGCUUCGUCAUAAGAACGCGAUUCUCAUAUACCUAGGUACUUUUCGUCGUAUGGAUGGAUGUACAACGUCGAGCUCCACGGUGGCUGUCCAGAACUGCGUGAGACUCAUGGCUUCGAUUUCAACCACUAAAUGUUCCAAAUGAGUAUAGAACAGCUGCCUAUAGUGAAACCAAGUGUUUGGGAACACACUUCUCUGCGAUACAAUACAGUGUAACUUAACAGCGUUGUGCCUGCGUCUUAUCACCAGCACGUCGAUCAAAUCAAUGGAUAGACCUGUCGUUCGAUUUACA